AUGUCUUCACCUACGAACCUGCUGCGAAAGACACUUCUCGCUCGCAACGCUCUCAGUUCGUCGUUUGUCAGCAGCGUACCAAGCAUAGCUCCCGCCAGUCGAUGCUCUAUCCCUGCUCUGUCCCGAGCCUCUCACUCCCAUUCGCAUUCCCAUGCAACCCACAGAACGGCAUCUAAAUCUAAUACCCAGCUCGAUCCCCGAUGGCUCUCAAGUGUGAAAAGACGUAUUGGGAAAUGUAUUGCCUUUGGCAUGGGGCAGGAUCUAGUGCCUGUUGCGGGAGGGGUGCUGGAGGAGAUAGCGCGGGACUGGAGGGAGUUAGUUGCAGGUAGCGAGGGAUUCUUGACCGGGGAGAAGUACUGUGGCCUCCAUAAGCAUAAUGUUGUCUGGGGAGAGAUGGUGAGUACUGCUACAUCAUUUUUAUUCUCUUUAUCUUUCUAUGCGUCCCUACUGGAGCCUGUAUGGUUUUGUACUGAUUUACGGUUACCUUUUCUAGGACUCUAUGGCCAUGUGAAUAAUGUAAUGUACGUCCGCUAUGCAGAGACAGGCCGAGUAAAUUGGUCUCGCAACAUAGCCAUUCAUCACGACCCCGAAAACAGCAAGGAAUGGUCUCAGCUCGUGGGCUCCACAAGCAUCGGCUAUAUUCUAAAAAGCAUUAAAGUGGACUAUAAAUUCCCCAUGAUGUUUCCAGACCAAAUCAGCGUCUACCACAAGCUAUCAAAUGAACCUCCGGCACCAAACGACCCGAACCCAGGCCAUUUCUCAAACCUCCAUCUAGACGUGUUGAUCAUGUCUGAAGCCAAGCAGCGUCCGGCUGCUCGAUGCGAGGAAGAUGUAGUGCUGUACGACUACAGAAUUGCAAAGAAACUAAAUACCUUGCCUACAUGGAUGUUGGUGCAGUAUCGGAAGAUUUGGGAAGCACAGGAGGCUGCUAAGAGAGUUAACAGGGGAAAGGUCCAGGAUAUUGAGAGAAGAGUAAGGCAGUUGGAGGUUGGUACGUGGGAUAGGGAGGGUGCUGUCGAGAGUAUGGGUUCCGCUGCUAGAUGA